AAGGCGGCUGCAGUGCGACGCCCAACCGCUGGAGCCGCUGCCGAGGGGGUCUGGAACCUCCGAGCACGCAGUGGAGGAUGGCGCGGUGCCCGGACAGCGGCAUGGGGGUCCGGCUCAGCGCCGACAUGGUGAAGUACUACGAGGUGCUGGACUUCCAGUUUUGCGAUGAGGUCGCCAAGUACGAGAAGAUGGCGAAGAUCGGGCAGGGCACCUUCGGGGAGGUGUUUAAAGCACGACAUCGGCAGACAGGAAAAAAAGUGGCUUUGAAGAAAGUGCUUAUGGAAAAUGAAAAGGAAGGGUUUCCCAUUACGGCCUUGAGAGAAAUCAAAAUCCUGCAACUGUUGAAGCACGAAAAUGUGGUGAACCUUAUUGAGAUCUGCCGCACUAAAGCCACGCAGUAUAAUCGCUACAAGGGCAGCAUCUACCUGGUCUUUGACUUCUGCGAGCAUGACCUGGCUGGACUGCUCAGCAAUGCAAACGUGAAGUUCACUUUGGCAGAAAUCAAGAAGGUGAUGCAGAUGUUGCUGAAUGGGCUCUACUACAUCCAUCGGAACAAGAUUUUGCAUCGAGAUAUGAAAGCAGCCAAUGUUCUAAUCACUCGGGAUGGUGUGCUGAAACUGGCCGACUUUGGUCUGGCUCGAGCAUUCAGUCUGGCCAAGAACAGCCAGCCAAAUCGCUACACCAACAGGGUGGUGACCCUGUGGUAUCGACCACCAGAGCUGUUGUUAGGUGAGAGAGACUAUGGACCGCCCAUAGAUCUGUGGGGUGCUGGAUGCAUCAUGGCUGAGAUGUGGACCCGGAGUCCAAUAAUGCAGGGCAACACAGAACAGCAUCAGCUAACGUUGAUCAGUCAGCUCUGUGGCUCCAUUACAGCCGAGGUUUGGCCUAAUGUUGAGAAGUAUGAACUGUACCAAAAGCUGGAACUGCCUAAAGGUCAGAAGCGAAAAGUUAAAGACCGGUUGAAAGCCUACGUGAAGGACCCUUAUGCACUGGACCUCAUUGACAAGCUGCUUGUCCUCGAUCCCACCCAGAGGACCGACAGUGAUGAUGCCCUGAACCACGAUUUCUUCUGGACUGACCCCAUGCCUUCUGACCUUAAAAACAUGCUCUCCACCCACAACCAAUCAAUGUUUGAGUAUUUAGCCCCUCCCAGGAGGCGAGGCAGUCACAUGCCUCAGCAGUCAACCAAUCAGAACAAGAAUCCUGCUGCAGCCAACCAGACGGAAUUUGAUCGGGUGUUCUGAAAAUGUUUGAAGUUUAGAGAUUGUAGAGUUGCUCGAGGCAGGUUGUUUAUUUAUUUAGAUAGUGCCAUAUUUGAGGUUUUGUGAUUAAUCAAUGUUGAACUGUUACACAUUAAUUGUGCCUAUUACUAAUUGGAUGUUAAAGGUACUCCAGAGCUGUGGGUCCAAAAGUAACAUUCAGAGGUUCUAUUUUACGGUCUUGGAUUGAUUUCUGUUUUUCCCAGUUAUGUUGAGCAUAAUUUUGUUAUUCUAGAGAUUUUUGUUCAAUCAUUCCAACAUUGAUGUUGAAUUACCUUUGAGUCGGUACCUGGAGCAAAAUAACUGGCUCUUUACAUACAUACUCUGUUUUAUCCUGGGAUCUAAGUUUGUAGACAGAUUUCCCUCGCCGAGUAUAUUGCAACCAGACAGCGUCCCAAAAGGAACAUGGGAAAAGUCAAAUCAUUUCACCUCAAGCAAGUGUGGUUAACAAAGCAUUACAGACAGUAGGCUGGAUAAUAGCUUUUCUCUUGUUCUGCUCAUCAAGCAAGAGGUUCUUGGUAAAAACAAGAAACUGAUUUUAUUUCCGGAGGCUUGUGCUCUCGAGGGCACUUGGGAUGCUGAGUCAUUACUUUUUAAUGAGCUUAUAUCGGAGUGUAUUUAAAACCGUUCAUUUAUAAGCACCUGAAACAGGUUGAAGUACUGCUAAACCAUUUGUCAGUUAUAGAAUCUUAAUGAGGUUAUGGCUUUGUUUCCUCAAACCAAAAACAUUACCAGAAAUUUGCUUCUCUUUGAGGUAUUGGUGUUUUUUACAUUUCAUGCUUUUUCAAUUAUUGAUGGAUUUAAGAAAAAAAGUGAAAUUUCUUCUUGCAGAUGAGUUGAUAUACUUCAUAGAGGUUUGUACAUACUGAAACUUUGUAGUAAAUUCUGUUUGCGCCAACAUGUUGUUGAUUCCUGUUCUGAUACUGCCUCAUUGCUGCGCCUGUUCUCGAGAGGAGUCUAUAAGUGCCUGCCCUACGCUGGCUAAAAGCAAAAUGAGUAGAAUGAAAAUUAAACAAUGUCAUCGGCAGCUUUCGGAGAAGUGUUAGCUUCCCCCUGCCCUUCAUGGUGUGACAGUGUGCCUCUUUACUGGGUUAGUUAAUUAAAUGUUUUCAUUAGCUCUAGCUACAGAGAGUAUUGUGCUCUCUGAAAAAAAGGCAAUGGGAGGGCUUAGUUAAGUAGUUGCAGAACUGCUGUUGAAGUGCAUUAGUAUUCGGGUUUCUUCGGCAAGAUGGAUUCAGAGAACAUUU